AUGGCAUCCUCUACAGCCAAGGACCACUGGUCAGCCGAAGCAUACGCUACAUCUGCAUCCUUCGUACACUCAGCCAAAAUCACAGGAAAGCUCCUCGAAUCCCUGAACCCCCAGCCAACAGACAAGAUCCUCGAUAUCGGCUGCGGAGAUGGCAAAUUCACAGGGAACUUCCUCCCCGCCAUCGGAUCCGUGCUAGGUAUCGACUCAUCUACAUCGAUGAUUGACUCCGCCACCAAAGACUACGCAAGCCCGAAAGCCGAGUUCCGCGUCGUCGAUUGCCGGUAUUUGGAAAAAGAAAACUCCAUUGUAAAUGGAUCAUGGGAUAAAGUGAUCUCCAACGCAGCCCUCCACUGGAUCCUGCGCGAUGAAUCAACACGCAUGUCGACUCUGCGCGCAAUCCAUGGCUGUCUGAAACCGGGUGGCACGUAUGUCUUUGAAAUGGGCGGACAUGGUAACGUUGCCGAGGCUAAGACGGCCCUUUCCUAUGUGCUAGUGAAGCAGGGGGUACCCAUUGAACGUGUGAGAGAGGUGAACCCUUGGUUCUUCCCAUCUGACGCGUGGAUGAAAGCUGCGCUGGAAGAGGUAGGGUUCCAGGUUGAGAAAGUGGAACUCGAGUACCGCCCGACAAAAUUGACCAGUGAGGCAAAUGGUGGUUUGGCGGGAUGGAUCAGGCUGAUGGGAGCGCAGUUGCUGGAUGUGCUUCCCGAGGAAAAGCGGGAGGCUGCAGUGCAGGAAGUUUGUGAUGUACUCCAGGAUGUAGUGACUCGCGUUGAAGAUGGGAGCCAGUGGCUGGGGUAUGUGCGACUGAGGGGUAUUGCGAAGAAAGCGGUUUAG